AUGCAAUGGGUAAAUAACAAGAAUAACUCGAGCUGUACAUAUGUUCCUGAACAACAUUUUGACGACAUGGAAGUAGAUAGUAUUGACAGUGACAAUGACAAUGAUUAUGAUUAUGAAAACGAAGGCGAAGGCGAAUAUGAAGAUGAAAAUGAAGAACAAAACAUUGAAUUUGAUCAAGAAGUUGACUUACCUUUGUCCCAAGAAGAGUCCAUAUUUACUGCCAAAGAUACAAUUACAGGAGCAUUUGUGGUUGAUGGCGAUGAGAUUGAAGAAGACGAUACCAGUUUUGAUUUUGAACAAGAAGAAAACUUUGAUGAGACCAGUGGGACCUCAAUAGUAGAAUCAGUUCGUCCUUUGUCUUUUGAUAACAUGCCCUUGUAUAUCUGCUUUGUUGCAGUAUUCAUUGUCAUAUUUCACUUGAUCUUUUUGGUGGAAAGCAGUGGAUCGAUUCUCAUUGAAUUUUGUAAUACUCUACUGUCUCUCUGUGAUAUGUCUGGCGCCCUUCCACUGACGAUCAAUAGCUUGAAGCAUAAAACAGGAUUUAACAUGGCAACAGACGGAAUGACAGUAUACAUUGCAUGCUCACAAUGUCAUUCAAUUUAUCCUCUGGAAACAAGUCAAAGAGUCUGUACAUUUAAGAAAUUCUCUCAAUCCGCCAUUUGCAAUAGCAAUCUCUUUAAAGUGUCAACUGGAAAUUGUUCUCUUCCAGCAAAAGUAUAUCCAUUCAACUCUCUGAACUGGGCAAAUGCAUUGAACAAUACUGAGCGAACACGCCUAGAAAAAGAAAACAGCACUCGGUGGUCAGAGCUUCAUUGGUUAUCUUACUUUGACCCAGUCCGCUUUACAGUUAUAGACCUGAUGCAUAACCUCUAUCUUGGAACUGCAAAGCGAAUGAUUCAGAUAUGGCGCGAGUGUAACUACAUCAAUGAAAAGAAUCAGUUAACUAUGCAAGAGCUUGCCAAUGAUAUUGUUGUACCUUGUGGAUAUGCGCAUAUAACAAAGAAGAUUGCUGAUGGGUUUUCGUUCAUGAAAGCUGACAAAUUUCAGACACUGUAUGGAAAAUCGGCUGUGACACCGAAUAUGCAUCUACAUCUUCAUCUUGGCAAGUGUGUUCAUGACUUUGGGCCAAUUUAUGCUUUCUGGUUAUUCAGUUUUGAGAGAUACAAUGGUUUGUUGAAGAAUAUCAAAACAAAUCAAAAAGGCGGCUUCGAAUCAACAAUGAUGAAGAGAUUUUUGGAGAGAACAUACAUUGGCAGCUUCAUACAAUCUUUCGUCAACCAUCUUCCCCAGUUUGCAAUUGACUUUCUGCAUCGCAUUUCAAAUAGUCAAGAUCAAUUAGCAGCAUUGCAUCCAUCUUCUACUGCCAGUAUCUUUUCUCUGUCUGACUUUGUUGAAUAUUCGUUAAACCCUCGUCAUUCUGCUUUGGGUUUUUUACAGACACGCAUAUGGCAGUCACAAUCUUUUGGCCAUUAUUCAAACUGCGAGUCUAACCAGAUUUUUGUCAAUAACCAAAUUGAGAAAAUGAAACGGAUAUCUCUUCUUGGACAGAAAUACUCUUCUGAAUCUUAUUUCCGUGCCUAUUAUCUUGAGAAUAACAGUGAAGAUAAAACAGUAUUUCCUGGCCGUAUACUGUAUUUAUUUCAACAUUUGAUAACCAUCAACGAAACUGUCAUCACCCAUACUUUUGCGUUUGUUGAGUGGUACUCUAGUUAUUCUUUGGAGAGUUACCAGUCAAUGUUAAAUGAAGGCAUUGAGCUCUGGAAUGAACCUUCUUCUGUACUUAAUUAUGAAUAUAUUAUUCCAGUAUAUCGUUUAUAUUCACCAAUUGCAAUUUCUAAAUAUAGGUUUACUAUAACUAGUGAAUUUAAAUGUUUAGUAAUCCCUUUACCCCAAAAAAUAGAAGCUUAA